AUGGAGGUUGCCCGGCAGGAGCAGGCCCGCCAGCUGGCCGUGCUGCCGGAGGAGGACCCCCUCCUCGACUCGCCGCAGCCAGCAGCGCCCUGCCGCGCGCGGGGCUGCAGGCUGACCAGCGCAGGUUCGCUCUCUUUCCUUGCUGUGGCUGCCUUGGCCGGUGCCGGGUGCUGGCUCUGGAAGGGCACGGAGUCGAGGAGACCGCUGUCGCAGGCACAGUUGCCACAUUCCAUCGGGCAGGCCGAGGGCAAGAUCGCUUCCGACGGUCACGAAGCUCUUCGGGCUUCCGCUCGUCACCAUUCACAUGGCCACAGGAAGGCCACAGCGGGUGCGUCUCACAGCAGGGAGCCGAAGCGCAAAAUCCCCGCAACCACGCUCACCACGACCACGUCCACCACCGAGCACGAGGCCGACGGCGGUGAUAAUCCCUUGCAGCAGAUCCAGCACUGGCCAGGCUGGGAAGUCGUGUUUCCCUGGAUCACUACGGUGACGAGCACAACCACAACCACCACCACCACGACCACCACCUACACUGGGACAACGACGCGCACAACGACGACAACGAGCACUACGACCAACACCACCACCACUACCACUUCCACCACGCCUUGUCAGGCUGUUGCCGAUGGUGACGCCUGUUACCUCGAAAUUGUGGGGGCGAUGCACGGCCUCCGUGCGAACCCAGAAGCGUACGAGAACCUCACGUUGUGGUCCACCUUCGAGGAGGUGCAGUCAUGGCUCCACCGUGGCGGAUCGUCGGAGUGCACCCUUCCGUGCGAGUGCGAAACCACGCAGUACGACGACAGCUGCUACGGCUCCGUCGAGUGGGCCUUCACCACGGGCAUGCAAGAGCACCCCGAUUGGUAUCCAGACAUGGACCAGCAGACGCCCCUCGAGACUAUCCAGGCGCACGUGGCAAAGUACGGGGACGAGUGCGGGCAGCCUUGCAGGCCCCGAUACACCGCCGAGAGGACGAGCCUGUUCUGCUUCUCCAUCACUAGGCCCGAUGGCUACGAGCGCGCGGUCAUGGAGGCGCAGCAUGCGCGGGGAGCUGGCAUAUUCGGUUGCGAUGGGCACGCGGUACUCAGCUCCAAGGUCUUCAGCAUAGGCGAGCCAGACCCCGACAGGCCAGACGGACCCAAGCAGGCCCUGAACACGACCCUGUUCCAUCCCGCGAAGGUGGGAGUCUCCAAGGAUGGCACCGCCGCGAACACGUUACUGUUCAUGCACGCCUGGGACGUGGUCAAGAACAAGACCCUCGCGCUGCACUAUAACUGGGUCAUCAAGGCGGACCCCGACGCGGUGAUCCUGCCUGAUCGACUGCGGAAGCACCUGUCGCCCUUCGACGGCUCGAAAACCUACGUGCGCAACUGCAACGCGGUGCCCGAGUCGGCCGACUUCCCAAUGAUGUUCGGGUCCCUGGAGGUUCUUUCGAGCCUGGCCAUGAAGGAGUAUUUCCACGGCGGCGAGCAUAAGUGCAAGGAGCAGCUCGACUGGAAGUCCUGGGGCGAGGACUACUUCCUGGGGAAGUGCAUGCUUCUCCUGGGUGUCGCGCCGGUGGACAACUUCAACAUCAUCAGCGACGGUGUGUGCAUGGGAGUGGACUGCACCGACUCGACCGCCGCGGCCUUCCACCCUUUCAAAAGCGCGGACGAGUGGGUGACGUGCUGGAAGCAGGCGACCCGCGACGGCCACAUGUCGCUCGUGCCCCUCCCCGAGAUCGCCUCCUGA